UUAUCCUGCAAGCUGUGUUGCUGUACAGUUGUUAUAGAAAUAUGGCUUCUGUUAUCAAGAAAUCUGUGGAUUUUAACACAAAACAUCUGAAAACAGGAGAUCCUCUUCCAAAAUGGAAUGGCAAACUUCGUUUAUAUACAAUGAGGUACUGCCCUUACGCACAGAGGGCCAUUCUCGCCCUUAUUGCUAAGAAUGUUGAAUACGAAAUUGUUAACAUUGAUCUUGUUAACAAACCGGAGUGGUUAAAGAGCAAAAGUCCUUUGGGAAUGGUGCCAGCAUUAGAAAUUGCUGAUGGCGUCUGUAUAACAGAGAGCUUAAUUGUAAGCGAAUACAUAGACGAAGUGUUUUCACAGCGCCCACUGCUUCCCAAAGAUCCCGUUAAAAGGGCAAAAGACAAAAUUCUUGUGGAAAUGAUAAGUCCUAUGGAUGCAUUCCUCUUCAAAAUAUUCCGAGCCCCAGAUACAAUAAAUGAGGAUACGAUAAAGAAUUAUAACGGUGUAUUGCAAUUCAUAGAAGAUGAAUUGAAGCAACGGCGCACCACGUUCUUAGAUGGUAGCGAGCCGGGAUAUGCUGACUAUAUGAUUUGGCCCUGUUUUGAGAGGGUUCCAGCUACUAUCGACUUUGAUUCUAGAAUAGCUAUAGACGACAAGAAAUAUCCAUCAUUGGUGCAAUACAUAAGGAACAUGCAAAAAGAUCCUGUUGUUAAAGAGUACAUAAUAUCGAAUGAUAUAUAUAAGAAGUUCCUUGAAGGCUACAAAACUGGAGCACCCGAUUUUGAUCUGUUAAAUAAAUUGUGUCACAUACAAACUGUUUCUAUAUCUUUAAUUUUCUUUAUUUAUGUCAACAAAUACAUCGAUAAAGAAUUGUUUAAUUAUCUUAUCGUAUUGACAAGAGAAACUUGUGAACUCAAAGUUUUUGAUAUGAUAACCAGUACGUUAAGUUUCGCUAUGCAUAUAAUUAUAACCUCGUAUAGGGUGUUAGCACCAGUUAGUAGUAUCCUGCAAUCUGUGUUGCCGUAUACAUACAGAAAUAUGGCGUCUGCUAUCAAGAAAUCUGUGGAUUUUAACCCAAAACAUUUGAAAACAGGAGAUCCUCUUCCAAAAUGGAAUGGCAAACUUCGUUUAUACAACAUGAGGUACUGCCCUUACGCACAGAGGUCCGUUCUCGCCCUUAUUGCUAAGAACGUUGAAUACGAAAUUGUUAACAUUGAUCUUGUUAACAAACCGGAGUGGUUAAAGAGCAAAAGUCCUUUAGGAAAGGUGCCAGCAUUAGAAAUUGCUGAUGGCGUCUGUAUAACAGAGAGUUUAAUUGUAAGCGAAUAUAUAGACGAAGUGUUUUCGCAGCGCCCACUGCUUCCCAAAGAUCCCGUUAAAAGGGCAAAAGACAAAAUUCUUGUGGAAAUGAUUAGUCCUAUGCAUGCAUUCAUCUUCAAAAUAUUCCGAGCCCCAGAUACUAUAAAUGAGGAUACGAUUAAGAAUUAUAACACUGUAUUGCAAUUCAUAGAAGAUGAAUUGAAGCAACGGCGCACCACCUUCUUAGAUGGUAGCGAGCCGGGUUAUGCUGACUAUAUGAUUUGGCCCUGGUUUGAGAGGGUUCCAGCUGCUAUUGAAUUUGAUUCUAGAAUAGCUAUAGACGAAAAAAAAUAUCCAUUACUGGUGCAAUACAUAAGGAACAUGCAAAAAGAUCCUGUUGUUAAAGAGUAUAUAAUAUCAAAUGAUAUAUAUAAGAAGUUCUUUGAAAGCUACAAAACUGGAGCACCCGAUUAUGAAUUGUUAAAUAAAUGAUUUUUUGAAAUUGAAUUAAAUAAAAAAAUAUGAAUUUAAA